GCGGUGGGCUCCGUGGCCUGGUGGCCUCUCCGGCGGCUCAGGAGCGACGGGUCGCGUCCGCCUGACGAGCUCCGCGGAAGGGGCCGGCAGCUGGGCACAGCCACCCGUACCGGGCUGCCGGCUCCGGGGGCUGUGACCUAGGCAGCCGAAGGGACGCGGUCCUCGGCCGGCUGCCAGGCGACGGUGGGGGGGUCGGGAGGCCGUGAGGAGGCGAGAAGAAGGACCCUCUUUGCUUUCGCCGCCUCUCGGAAGGGUUGCUUGCGAGGCUGGGGUCCCCACCGUUUCGGGGCAGGCGGAGCGCGUCCGCGGGCUGAAGCGGGAAAGCGAUUCCUCGGGGAGGCGAGGGAAGCCGCCACCCCGAAGGACCGCUUCCGGGGGCCCCUGGGCGGGAUGGCGGCGUGAGGGGCUCCUCGGGGGCCCCUGGGAAAGCCGCCCGGUGGAGGCGGCGGGCGAAGUUAGCGUUGCUUUGACGGCGACCCUCCAGAUGUUUCCUUAAAAGCCCGCCGAGUCCAGGGUGGGAUAGGCCGGGCGGAGAGGGAAGGGCGGAGGUUGGCGAGCGCAAAGGGCUGGCGAAGUUUGUCUUUCGUCGACCGAGGCCGGCGGGAGGCUGCGAUGAAUGGUUUCAGCACAGAGGAAGAUAGCCGGGAUGGUCCUCCUACCACCCCUUUUUACGGACAAAGUUGUUGCCUCAUCGACGACGGGGAUCGUUGUGUCCGCCCGGCUGGCAAUGCCUCCUUCAGCAAGAGGAUCCAAAAGAGCAUCUCUCAGAAAAAGCUGAAACUGGAUAUUGACAAAAGUGUAAGACACUUAUAUAUAUGUGAUUUCCACAAGAACUUCAUUCAAAGUGUCCGAAAUAAAAGAAAAAGGAAAACCAGUGAUGAUGGGGGAGACUCUCCAGAGCAUGAAAUAGAUGUUCCAGAGGUUGACUUAUUUCAGCUUCAAGUAAACACUUUGCGCCGUUACAAAAGACAUUACAAAUUACAAACCAGACCUGGUCUCAAUAAAGCUCAGUUGGCAGAAACUGUCAGUCGUCACUUCAGGAACAUCCCAGUGAAUGAAAAAGAAACUCUUGCUUACUUUAUCUACAUGGUAAAAAGCAACAAGAGCAGAUUGGAUCAGAAAACAGAAAGCAGUAAACUGGAAUGAAAGUUAGGUAGACUAUGGACUCAGACAAGUGUAAUAUUUAAAAAAGCAUCAGGUGUAUUAUAAAUACUUUUUAAAAAAAAUUAAGAUUUUUUUUUGUAAAUUAAAAUAUACAUAAGAAAACGAAGCAAAGUUUGAUUCGCAUAUUAUAAUACUUAAUUUCAGAAUGUGUAUGAAAACCUCUGUAGUUUCAAAGCAUGGUCUUUAACCUGAAGGAAAGAUCAAAAGAAACUCAAGAUGCCCAAAGCAAUGACUUUAAGAAAUUGACUUAUGUUGCAGAUUGUAACAUAAACCAUGCAUGAGUUUGGCAUUCUUGAAUAGAAUCAUAUCAUACUCACAUAGUAUUUAAAGGCACAGACCAGGUAAAACUUCUAAAUUCUGAUUUAAACCACAUAAAAUUACUUGUUUUGAAACUAAAUAUCUCAGAUUUUCAUGGGUGCUAAACAUUUCUAAUCCUAGCAUUUUUGCAUAUAUGGUCAGUUUUUAUAUUGAAACAGAAAUUGGCCCAUUUAUUAAUAUUUAUUAGAAUGUCAUGACUACACAAAUUCUAAUAUGUUAAAUAUUUCAAUAUUUCUGUUUUUCAAACAAACUUGAAUAGAGAGCUUUUGCCACAGAUUCAUGCUAUUUCCUGAUUUUUUUAAGGUUGGAGAUAUAUAUACCUGAGAAGAUAGAUAGUUAGAUAGAUAGAUAGAUAGAUAGAUAGAUAGAUAGAUAGAUAGAUAGAUAGAUAGAUAGAUAGAUGGAUAGAUUCAUUGGAUACAUUGGUUGGACACACACACAGACACUGAAGCUAAAAAUAAUUUCAAGUUGCUAUGAGCUCUUUUUAAGUAAUUGUAAUCUCAGUCUAGUUCUGAUGAGGCUACAAAGCAAACACUUUACAGUAAUAAUGAAUAAAGUUGGCAGUGGCUUCAAUUUAUUUUCAUUUUGGUAGUGAGAACAAAUGCCAUGUUGGGCCAUUUAUUUGUUCUAGGUAUCAUGUUUUAAAAUGCAGAGUAACUAUAAGGUUCUCUCUGUCUGCGCCCACAGUCCAGAACCCGAUAAUCAGUGUGCACGCACAAAGUUUGUUCUUCAUUUAUUUAUGUGGGGAAGGUGACAUUAUAGUCUAAAUAGUUCUUCCUAUAAGUCUUAAUCUGCUUGGAGUUUAACAUCUUUUUGGUCUCUAACUGCCACAUUUUGCAAUGCCGAAAGACAUAAAUACAUUUUAAAAUGUCCUGUACCUUAUAUAGUAAACGUUCUGGAUAAGUUUGACAUUAUUCAGCAGUUGUCUAAAGUAAGGCAUAGAACUAUACUACAUUAGCAGUUUUCACAUUACAUUUAGUAUUAAUAUUGAAUUAAGGAAAUCUUAGUACUUUCCUGCUGUCCUAAAAAACAUUUUAAAAAAUGUUUAAAAAUGUUUAAAAACAUUUUCUUUAAAAAUUCCAAAUAAAGAUCAAAUGUGUUCUAUAAGAUGCUAAGAGACAAAGUUUUGGUAGUUUUUUUCCCAAAAUUUAAUGAUGUGAAAACCUAGAAUGCACAUCUCAGCAAAUGCAAAAGUACAUUUAUAUAGCCAUUUUUUAUUUUUGUUGCAAAUAGAUCACCAAUUUAUAAUCCUCCAAUUAACUGAAUGCCACUUUAAAAGUUGAUAUUUUCAUCUACUUCUGUUUCAUCAUACGAUAUGUCCUUUAAUCCACAUUUUAGAUUUAAAAAGACAUGGAUAUAUAAUGAAAACAACUAAAAUAUUUCAGAGUGCUGCUUUGCAUCUUAAAGUUCACCAAGUCCCACUGCUUCCUUCACUAAAAGGCUAAACCAGAAAUCAAAUAUGCUAAAUGGUUUUUAUAACUGAAUGUGUAACAAUUUUUUUUGAAUAUUUGUAACUUCAAUAUUCACAUUAGAAAUACAAUGACCAUGACAUAAUUUCUCAAUAGAGAUUGGCAUCCUAUGACCACCUUCUAGAUCAAAAAGGUAAACCUUUUAAUUUUAUAUUGUUAGGACUUGUAAUGCAAAUAAAGUUUCAGCAACUAAAUUACUACAAAAAAUUGCAACAACUAGCUGUUAACCAAGCAAUCUGUUCAAUAGUUGCUUUGGAGAUCAGAUUAAGGAAAGUAUGACAGGUUUGCUGUCAUACUUUAUAAAAACAAAAGAUUAUAUGAGGAAAUUGAGGACUUUCAUGUAAGAUGUGAAGAAUAACUUAGAAUCCUUGAGAUGUGUGUUUUAGAUAUAUCUUUAUUUGCCUUACUCUCAGCUAGACCAAGAAUUGUACAAAUGUCUUGGCACAAGGAAAGGGUGGUUAGUUUUUCAUGACAUUUAGUAUUAGAUGCUAAUUUUAAAAACAUACAAUUGUGUGUGUGUGUGUUUGUCGGGUGGGUUUCACUUACCUUUGCUACCGGUUCACUCACAUGUGCACGCUUGCUUCACAUGCACGUGCACCACUUCUGCACAUGUGCAGAAGCUUCUGCGCAUGCGCAGAGCAUAUUUGAUUAUGUCCGGCCAGGUGGGCAGAACCUCCCGCCGUUGCUGCUACCGGUUUGCCCAAAUCGGGGCGAACCGGUUGCAACCCACCACUGGUGUGUAUGUGUAGUCAGGGAGUUGCCUGUGAUUCUUGAACAUCUAGUAUUGCAUCACCAAAAACACCAUCAUGCAGUUCAAAAUAAUGGCAAAUUAUGCUACAUGCCAUUUAAGGAAACUUUCAAAUUCCUAGUGGUUUUAAUAAAACCUUGAUCAUCAUUUUGAGCUUCAGAGGAUUUGAAUCCUAAAACAGUAUCUAACAUUAAUAGUAUAUGUGAAAAAAGAGUCAGAUUGGCAUGUUUAUUCAUAGAAACUGGUGGGUGGUAUUUUAUUGACUCUUGUUAAAUAUCAAUUUUACAUUGGAUUUAAGCUAUUAAAUAAUAAAUCUUGGCCUGGGAGUGACUUCCCAUAUUGUCUAGUAGUUGUAGAUAAUAUUGCUGACUUUAGCAGUACUGAAUAAAGCUUACUCAAAACCAAAGGCCUUCAAACCCACUGAAAGCUAGGAGAAGAUUUAUACUUGUUAAAUGGGCUUUGCAUCAGAGCCGAAGAGUUUAAUAUGGCACAUCUUCUAGAAUGAUGUUAACUUCAUCAAAGAUGGUUGUCCUCUGUGCAUUAGUUGUAGUUGUAAUGAUAGUAGUAAUAGCACAAGAAAUUUUGUUCAUCCCUUGAAUGAAGGAAAGAGCAAAGGGAAGGGGAAGUGCAAUGACAAUUAGUACUAGAACAACAUUUUUAUGAAUUCCUGGUGCAAGGUGCAGUUGGAGUGUUUUGGAGGUGUCUCAGUCUGAUGGUUUAGCUUCCAAGUGUGGUUCUGUAAUAUAAAUGUUACAUAUCAGAUUCCUACAUUAAAUUUAAUGUUUUCUCUUGCACCUAAUGCCAUAAAUUAUGGUUGAAAAAAAGAGGCCUCAGUGUUCUUACAGAAUGCUGUAAAUUUGCCACCUGACAGAUUUGCCAAUAAAAAUUUCCUGCAAGGGUCAGGAAAACAUCUUAAAGCCAAAGUCCAGGGCAAGAGUAUUUUUCAUACUUUGAUAAAAGAAUAAAAAGAGCAAGUUGUAUUCAAGAAACAAAGCAGCUGGUGACUUGUUUCAGAGACAUUUAUGAAGCAGUAUUCAAAUUUUAUAAUAUGUAAAUUAGCCAAAUACAAUAUUGAGGGUAGGGAGGGAGAGACUGGGAACUUAGCACUUUAUCUUGUGUUGAUAAAUCCUAAUGUAAAUAAAAUGGAAACUCUUGAUAUUAUUAAAGAAAGCAUUUUGAUAAAGAUGUUGUUCUAAGGGAAAGUGUUGUGAAUAGCACACUACUGUCACUUCACCCUGUACAUUAAGAUGAGGGAUAGAUAGCUGCUCACAAAAGAAGCCUUUCAGUGCUACCAGAUUUAAAGGGUGCUAUGAAAGCAUAAUAUAUCUAUGUUCCUUCAUUUGUGCUACCUAACAUGCUCUACGUGCAUGAUUUUUUUCUCUUUCAAUGAUGCAGGGUAAUCCUUUUACAUAAUUUAUCCAAUUUCAUUUAUUCAUCACUUAAUUCGGUGUUAAAUUUUUAAAAUUUUGAUAAGGGAAAGGGCUCAUGCCUUAAACUCACAAUUUUCAAUUAAGUAGUUAUUAAAUGUUUAGCAAUAGUUUUUUUCUGCCGUUGAUUUUUUUUGUACAUUUUUCAAGCAGAGGUUUAUAUAGAAAUCGCCAUUUAUUACAUUGCCUUCAUUCUCUCUGCUUUGUCCUGCUGAAUAUUAAAAAAAUUAAACAACACAUUGACAAAUGUGUUUUAUUCUCUUUUGACUUAUAAUAGCACAAUCUUACCAUGAAAAAAUGAACUUUCUUUAUUCCUCAUUCAUUCUUGUGGAUCUUCAUGGCUAGUCUUGAUCCUUAAGGCAAAUGUUUUGGGUGAACCUUGAUUUUAAUUGUAAACUAUAACAGUGUAUCCUGAAGCAAUCUGGUAAACUUAUAGUGCAACUGUAGAGUUCUUUUCUCCAAGAUGUAUAGCUUGCAUCCUUCCUUCCACUAUGUAUAAUAGUUAAAUCUUUUACUGUUGGGAAAAACUAUAAAUGCCUGAAUUUCUAAUAAAUGAUGAGUUCAACAAUCA